CCUCCGGCACAGUCUGGCGCUCUCCGCUCUCCUCACCGCGCAGCUUUUCCAAUCUUCCUCCGCAAACCCAAAGCGUCCGGACCAACACAGCUACAUUCCCGAGGACAACUUUCUACACAGCCCAUGAACUUCUCAUUCCUACAGACCAGAAGGAACCUUCGGAGAUCACCUGGACUCUGUGACUUCCUGGUUAUAUAACUUUUGUUGCACUUGAACGACUCCUUUAAUUCCAAAGACUUUGGCCCCGGACGGACAUUGAUUAUUUUCCUUCCAAAUCAACGAUCAGUCGUUUUUCUUCUUGUAAUAUUAUUCUGAAUAGACCAAGCAAGCAGGAGGCACUAGUCUACUUUUUUUUUCUUUUUUUGCACAACCCAGAAACAGUCUUAACUGUUUUUUUUUCUACGCGUAGUCUUAAAUUAAGCAACGAAACACUCAACAAUGGCAGGUGUUAACUCUCUGGAUGCUGUGAAGAGGAAGAUUCAGUUUUUGCAGCAGCAGGCCGACGACGCAGAGGAUCGGGCUCAGAUCCUGCAGAGAGAGCUGGACAGUGAACGGGAGCUCCGAGAGAAAGCGGAGGGUGAUGUAGCAGCUCUGAACCGUAGGAUCCAGCUGGUGGAGGAGGAGUUGGACCGAGCCCAGGAGAGGCUGGCCACGGCACUGCAGAAACUGGAGGAGGCUGAAAAGGCCGCAGAUGAGAGCGAGAGAGGAAUGAAGGUGAUUGAGAACCGAGCAAUGAAGGACGAGGAGAAGAUGGAGAUUCAGGAGAUGCAGCUGAAGGAGGCUAAACACAUUGCUGAGGAGGCCGACCGUAAAUACGAGGAGGUGGCCCGUAAACUGGUGAUCCUGGAGGGAGAGCUGGAGAGAGCCGAGGAGAGGGCCGAGCUCUCGGAAUGUAAAGCCAGUGACCUGGAGGAGGAGCUGAAAAAUGUGACCAACAACCUGAAGUCCUUAGAAGCCCAGUCUGAGAAGUACUCAGAAAAAGAAGACAAGUACGAGGAGGAGAUCAAAGUUCUGACUGACAAACUAAAGGAGGCUGAAACCCGUGCAGAGUUUGCAGAGAGGACCGUGGCCAAACUGGAAAAGUCCAUUGAUGACCUGGAAGAGAAAUUAUCACAUGCCAAAGAGGAGAAUCUGGGCAUGCAUCAAGUCCUGGACCAGACCCUGCUGGAACUGAACAGCUUAUAAACAAGCAGAGAGGAAACUGGAGAGGAUGAGAUCGUCGUGUAACAUUCCUUCAAUGUUCGACUCCAUUCCACAUUUCGAGCUGUAAAAUCUUUAUUCCCCGUGUGAAGGGGGAUUAACUUAAUGCUUGUCCCUUGAUUUUUUUUUUUUUUUUUGCUAAGGCACAAAUUUGUUUCUUUUAUUUUUUUAAGAUGGGAAGUAAUUUUAACCACGUCAUUUUAUUUUGCUUUUUGAAUCUCCAGCUGUGAUUGCAGAAAUUCUCCCCAGAUAUGAUUUUUGACCACUUAUUUAGAAAGAACUGGCAAUUAAUACACCCAAAGAAACCUCGGAUUUGGUCACUGAACCACUUAAACUGGCUCAGCUUUACAUUUUAUGUGCACAUACAUUAAGUCUCUGUCUCAUUAUUUUAAUACAUAUGCUCGAUAUGGCAUUGGGUUUCCUUCAGUGUAGGUUAGAGUGGCUCUGAAGUGCCACCCAGUGGUGAUAUGAAGUUAGUUUAGUUUUUCAGAUCAUGCUGUACCUCCCUAAGAGGCUACACUUCAACAGACGUUGGACUUACUGUAUGUGUGCCUGUCUUUACAGUAUCCUCCUAAAUCAGUUGGUGUUAAAACAGUGUGAUGGUUAAAUGGACAGGUGACCUUAUGGAAAACUCUCUUUGAUAAAAUAACAGGUCAAAGCACAUGCUGCUCAGUCACGGAAGGCUUCUUUAUGUUUAAUUCAAAAGCAACACUCUUCUGCCAAUCCCCAAUUUCCUCGAGGCGUCCAUGUUUAAAAUGCACGGAAUAUUUAUGUGCAUAAAAUUUUUCUACUCUUUUUGGCGUGGGAAUCUGUGCAGAACCUGGGAGCUGUGCAUGUACAGUAUCUAGCACUUGCAUGCAUAUCUAAGAAGUACUACCUUCCCCUAAGCUUGACCUGACCAUCAACAUAUUCUGCAUCAUUGCCAACAAUAUGCCGUAAUGUAGCCAAUAUUAACUAGAUUUACAAUAUAUUGUAUUACAUGAGCGAGCUAAACCCCAAACCACUGGAAGCUCAGUCAAGUUUUAUCAACCAUGGAUACUUAUUGUAUAUAGUAGAAUAAUGUUAGGUAUGUGAGAAAUUGUAUUGCUUUGAUUUUUUUUUUUUUGUUUCAUUUACACCACUUCUUUUUGCCAGGGGAACUCUCAAGACCAAAGAACACACAUAACAGACAAGAAAUUCUUCAAUUGUUUUAUUUUUGUUUGUGAUGGUCGUCAUGGUGUCAUCUCAUGCCAGGGCUACAGAAAGCACCUCACACAUGAUCGAGACCAUUUUGAAAUAUUUCAUUCACCACCACCCCCUCUAUGUCAACCUAAUAAAUGUUUUACAGAAA